GUUUAAUCGAAAAAAAGAGAAGAGAAGAAAGAAAAAACAACGAAUUGAAAAUCUAGUGUUCUUUGCGUUUUCACGAAUGCGAUGAACUCAAAAAAGCCAACGUCAAUUAGGGCUUUCGGGCAGCGAACCAUUGCUUCAACGUUCCGCAAUCUCCCACCACGCAAUCCUCUCUCUGAAGGAACCGUGAGAAAUCAAGCUUCACACGAGUGCGAAACCACGCAUUCUUCGCUUUCAAACUUCCUCUCCUUCAAGCAGCAAAGAUCCCCACAUCUUACACAAACGGUCCAGGGGAAAUCGACGCCUUUUCUGUCACCUCUCGGUUUAAGAAAAUGUGAGGAAAAUGGGACUGCCAAAGAAGAUGGAAAGGAGGGAAACAGUAACAAUGACAGUAAGCUAAUUUUUGAAAGCUUCAAGCACACUGAAGAGGACAAAAGAAACUUUGUCAGUGAAAUUGGUGUUGAUGAAUUAGAAAAUUCAGUUGCGGAUACCAAUCAAGACUCAAAGAAAAGGAAAACCCCGUUUGAAGGCGGAAAUGAGAACCAAAGUACACGAAAUCACGUGGUAGUUCUUGGAGGCGAAUCAAAGUUGAAGCCAAAAAGACGAACCCAGAAUGGCUCUAACAACAAAAGGCCAAGGCCUCAUUAUAAUCACUAUGCGAAUGGCCAUGGCUGGUGGGAUUACGACAUGGAAGGUGUCGACAAUGAGGAAUUGGGCUCCAAUGAAGUAUGGGAGGGCGUGGGAUCCACCACACUCGGGGGAAUAAUAGAUUGGCAUUGAUUAGACAUUGUACCUGUGUUUGAGAGGAAUUUUGUAAUGUGCCCCUUUUGCUUAGCCUUCAUACCAACCUACUCUUAAACCGUUAACUCCAUGUAGACAAGUCACUCAAAGUGCAGUUAUUUUCACUUCAAUAUAAUUAGUUCACUUUAAGGCA